CCGAACAUAUCCUCAGAGCGCUCAACGAACGCAAUCGUUUCAGUUCUUUCUGAAAUUACCCGAUAGUGUGUGUGUUUAUAAAGAGAAAAAUAUUCAAUUCGAAAAAGAAACGUAAAUCUGGCAAAAUCAGUCAAGUGAUUAUCGAGCAUAUUUUGCAGAGCAUUUAAAUUUUUUGUCGAUUAAAACUACUUUUUUUUGAAAAUAUCACUAAUAUUCGACAGUCCUAAGACUUCGAUCGUUUAACGGAUAAUUCAAAAGAAACUAAAAAAACAGACAAUUUUUAAAUGAAUAAAAUCGCUGCGCGGAAAAUUCUAAAAUUUCGUUUAUACUCAAAGUGUGGAUUCUGUGAAAAUCUGUAUUUGGUGCUCACAUUUCGGCCGCAUUUGAAUCGCUGUGGAAAAAGCUGCAACGUUUGAACGAAUUUUUGUACGCAAAACAAACAAAAUUUGAGAGUGUUUUUUUAACCUGCAAUUGUUGGGUUUUUUCGAUUUGCGAAUUUCGAUUCACAACGGCUCUCAUCAUUUGGAGAGCGACACAAAAUCUACGCGUCUUUGUAACAUUUUGUGUCCGUGCAAAAAGUACUGCCCCAGAAGCCGAAAUGCCUGAACUCAUCGAAAAAGUGUCAAACACAUCGUCAUAUAUAAAAUCGCGAUGUGCAACGACCAGUAAUGUUGGACUUUACAAUCAUAUUCGUGGUUUUCCAGUGGCAAAAGGAGAACUUGAUGCAUUAUCGCCGAAAGUUCGAGCAUUCAUCGAAGAGAGUGUACUGCUAUGCCAACCAGAAAGCAUUCAUAUUUGUGAUGGCACGAAUCGAGAAAAUAACAUGUUGUUGCGUAUACUUCAAAAUCAAGGAACAAUUGUGCCAUUACCAAAGUACGAUAAUUGUUAUUUGGCACGAACAAAUCCGGCCGAUGUGGCUCGUGUUGAAUCGAAAACAUUCAUUUGUACGAACCGACGUGAUGAAGCGAUUCCAACGGCAAAAUUGAAUGUCGACGGUAAAUUGGGCAAUUGGAUAUCGGAAAAUGACAUGAAAAUGGCGAUUUCCAAUCGAUUUCCGGGAUGUAUGCGUGGUCGAACAAUGUAUGUGGUGCCAUUUUCAAUGGGCCCAUUGGGAUCGUCAUUAUCGAAAAUUGGCAUUGAAAUCACUGAUUCGGCUUAUGUUGUUUGCUCGAUGCGCAUUAUGACGAGAAUGGGAGCAGCGGUGAUGGAUCUAUUGCGUAGCAAUUGUGAUUUUGUUCGAUGCUUACAUUCGGUCGGUACACCGGCAAACGGAAAAAUUGAACAACCUUCGUGGCCAUGUGACCCCGAGCGCACAAUCAUUCUACAUAAACCGGCCUCAAACGAAAUCGUAUCGUACGGCUCGGGAUAUGGCGGGAACUCAUUGUUGGGUAAAAAAUGUUUUGCUUUGCGUAUUGGUAGCACGAUUGCAAAGAAAGAAGGAUGGCUUGCCGAGCACAUGCUUAUUUUGGGCAUCACCAAUCCAAAGGGAGAGAAAAAAUAUAUUGUAGCCGCCUUCCCGUCGGCAUGUGGAAAGACCAAUCUGGCUAUGUUAACACCAUCGCUACCCGGCUACAAAGUAGAGUGUAUUGGCGACGAUAUUGCUUGGAUGAAAUACGAUGAAAAUGGACAAUUGCGAGCUAUUAAUCCGGAAAAUGGAUUUUUUGGUGUAGCCCCAGGUACGUCGAAUAAAACGAAUCCAAAUGCGAUGAAAACAAUUUUCAAGAACACAAUUUUCACAAAUGUUGCGUCGACCUCUGAUGGUGGUGUUUAUUGGGAAGGCAUGGAAGAUACAUUGACUAAUGAUGUGCAAAUAACCGAUUGGCUUGGUAAACCAUGGAUUCCAAAGGUGACAAAAACACCAGCAGCACAUCCAAAUUCACGUUUCUGUACGCCCGCCAAACAGUGUCCAAUUAUUGAUAGAAACUGGGAAAAUCCGGAUGGUGUGCCAAUUAGUGCGAUUUUAUUUGGAGGACGUCGUCCAAACGGCGUACCAUUGGUAUACGAAUCAUUUUCAUGGCAACAUGGUGUAUUUGUGGGUGCAACAAUGCGCAGCGAAGCAACAGCGGCUGCUGAACACAAAGGAAAAGUCAUUAUGAAUGAUCCGUUUGCAAUGCGACCAUUUUUCGGUUAUAAUUUCGGUGCAUAUUUAAAGCAUUGGUUGAGCAUGGAAACACGUGCCCAUUCCUAUGGUGCGCAACCCCCAAAAAUAUUCCAUGUCAAUUGGUUCCGAAAAGAUGCAAAUGGCCAAUUUCUAUGGCCUGGUUAUGGUGAUAAUAUUCGCGUUUUGGAAUGGAUUCUCAAACGUAUCAACAAUGAAUCGUGCGCCAAAAAAACCGCAAUUGGUUAUAUUCCGUCGGAUGGUAGUUUGAAUGUGGAACAGCUCCAAGAUGAAAUCAAUGUCAAUGAACUGUUUUCGAUACCAAAAGAAUUCUGGUUAAAAGAAAUAGACGACAUUAUCAGAUAUUUCGAUGAACAAGUUGGCAGCGAUCUUCCACCCGAAAUUGCUCAUGAAUUGAACGAUUUAAAAAUACGCAUCGAAAAAUCCAAUUGAUUUUUUAUUUUAUUUUUUUGAAAAAAUAAACUUGGGAAUAUAAUAUAAUCAAAGUCCAUAUUUAUAAAAUAAGAAAGCAGAAGUCGCAGAAAGUGAGGUCAUCUUUGAAUUUCAGACAGCAAAUAAUAUGCAGCAAAAUUAUUUACUUAUUUUAGCCAUUUAGUCAUUAUUGUUAUUAUUGAUAAUAAUAUGAAAAGAGAGUAAUACGCCGUCAAGGCAGUAUAGAGACAUGGGUGUGUUUGUAUUUUAAAGAUAGAAUGUAAUCUAUUAUUUUAUAGGAAGCAAACGAAACGAAAGAAAAAGAAACAUUAUUGGACUCUAGACCAGCAGACAUACUGGUUUUUAUUAUCAGUGUCGAUGCGAUUUAAUUAAUUUACUUGCGAAAUAUAGCGAUAAUUUUUUUUUAAUAAAACAUAUAACAAGCGUAAUAUUGAAAGAAUAAAAGCAGGCGAUACUAAU